GCUGGCUGGAGUGGAACUCACUGAAAUCGGUAAGGUCUGGUUACAGAAAGAGCUGAAACCUUCCCAGCUGCUGUGGUUCCAGCUUCUUGGAAAGGAGAAUUCAGCACUUUUUUGCUAUCUUUUAGUGAACAAGGGCAAUUUGGUUUUGAUGCUGUGCCAGAAAUCAUCCAACAAUGAGCUACUGGAACGUCAAGAAAAGGGGCUGUGUGCAGUACCGCAGGCAUUUUCUGGUGGACAACAGUGUGUUUCAUGUUGAAAGAUGCAUGAGUGUAAUGCAGUCCGGGACACAGAUGAUCAAAUUGAAACGUGGCAGCAAAGGGCUCGUUCGCCUCUUUUACCUGGAUGAGCACCGGACCCGCCUCCGAUGGCGACCCUCUCGGAAGAGUGAGAAGGCAAAAAUACUUAUUGACUCCAUCUACAAAGUCACUGAGGGCAGGCAAUCUGAAAUAUUCCACAGACAGGCUGAGGGGAACUUUGAUCCCAGUUGCUGCUUCACCAUCUACCAUGGCAACCACAUGGAGUCCCUGGACCUCAUUACCUCCAACCCAGAGGAGGCACGAACCUGGAUCACAGGUCUCAAGUAUCUGAUGGCUGGUAUCAGUGAUGAAGACUCCCUUGCCAAGAGGCAGAGGACCCAUGACCAAUGGGUGAAGCAGACCUUUGAGGAGGCUGAUAAGAAUGGCGAUGGCUUAUUGAAUAUUGAAGAGAUUCAUCAGUUGAUGCAUAAACUAAAUGUCAAUCUGCCCCGAAGAAAAGUCAGGCAAAUGUUUCAGGAAGCUGACACAGAUGAGAAUCAGGGAACCUUGACAUUUGAAGAAUUCUGUGUUUUUUACAAAAUGAUGUCUUUGAGACGAGACCUUUAUUUGCUGCUCUUGAGCUACAGUGACAAGAAAGACCACCUGACAGUGGAGGAGCUGGCUCAGUUUUUGAAGGUGGAACAAAAGAUGAGUAAUGUGACAAUCGACUAUUGUCUUGACAUCAUAAAGAAGUUUGAAGUUUCUGAAGAAAAUAAAAUGAAAAAUGUCCUCGGGAUUGAAGGUUUCACAAAUUUUAUGCGUAGUCCUGCUUGUGAUGUAUUUAACCCUUUGCACCAUGAAGUGUACCAAGAUAUGGAUCAGCCACUCUGCAACUACUACAUUGCUUCAUCUCACAACACAUACCUGACUGGGGACCAGCUCCUUUCUCAAUCCAAAGUGGAUAUGUAUGCACGGGUGCUACAAGAGGGCUGUCGGUGUGUGGAGGUUGACUGUUGGGAUGGCCCAGAUGGAGAGCCAGUGGUCCACCAUGGUUAUACUCUCACUUCAAAAAUUCUCUUCAGAGAUGUUGUGGAGACUAUUAACAAGCAUGCUUUCGUGAAGAAUGAGUUUCCAGUUAUACUGUCUAUUGAGAACCACUGUAGUAUUCAGCAGCAGAGGAAGAUUGCUCAGUACCUGAAAGGAAUAUUCCAGGACAAACUGGACCUGUCAACUGUAGACACAGGAGAGUGCAGGCAACUUCCAAGCCCUCAGAGUCUGAAAGGCAAAAUCCUAGUGAAGGGCAAGAAGUUGCCUUAUCACCUUGGGGAUGAUGCAGAGGAAGGAGAAGUUUCUGAUGAGGACAGUGCAGAUGAAAUUGAAGAUGAGUGCAAGUUCAAGCUACAUUAUAGUAACGGGACCACUGAGCACCAGGUAGAAUCUUUCAUUCGGAAAAAACUGGAAUCAUUGUUGAGGGAGUCUCAGAUCCGAGACAAAGAAGAUCCUGACAGUUUCACAGUGAGGGCUUUGCUCAAGGCCACACAUGAAGGCUUAAAUGCACACCUGAAGCAGAACCUGGAUGUGAAGGAAAGUGGAAAGAAGUCUCAUGGACGAUCCCUGAUGACCAACUUUGGAAAACACAAGAAAACUACAAAAUCACGUUCUAAAUCCUAUAGCACUGAUGAUGAGGAAGAUACAUUUCUGAAUCCUAGCAAGGAGGGAGGUCAGCUGUACAGGCUGGGCCGCCGAAGGAGAACCAUGAAACUCUGCAGAGAGCUCUCGGACUUGGUGGUGUACACAAAUUCCGUGGCAGCCCAGGAUAUUGUGGAUGAUGGGACCACAGGGAAUGUGUUGUCCUUCAGUGAAACAAGAGCACAUCAAGUGGUUCAGCAGAAGUCAGAGCAAUUCAUGAUCUACAACCAAAAACAACUCACAAGGAUUUACCCCUCUGCCUACCGAAUCGAUUCCAGUAACUUCAACCCUCUGCCAUAUUGGAAUGCAGGCUGCCAGCUAGUGGCUCUAAACUACCAGUCUGAAGGACGAAUGAUGCAGUUAAAUCGGGCAAAAUUCAAGGCAAAUGGCAACUGUGGCUACAUUCUCAAGCCCCAGCAAAUGUGCAAAGGUACUUUCAACCCUUUCUCUGGUGAUCCUCUUCCUGCCAACCCCAAAAAACAGCUCAUACUGAAAGUGAUCAGUGGACAACAGCUUCCCAAACCUCCUGACUCCAUGUUUGGAGACCGAGGCGAGAUCAUUGACCCCUUCGUUGAAGUUGAAAUCAUUGGACUGCCAGUGGAUUGUUGCAAGGAUCAAACUCGUGUGGUGGAUGACAAUGGAUUUAACCCUGUGUGGGAAGAAACCCUAACAUUUACAGUCCACAUGCCAGAAAUAGCUUUAGUUCGGUUCCUUGUGUGGGAUCAUGAUCCUAUUGGAAGAGACUUUGUGGGACAAAGGACCGUGACCUUCAGCAGCCUAGUACCUGGCUACCGGCAUGUCUACUUGGAAGGACUCACAGAAGCCUCCAUAUUUGUUCACAUAACAAUCAAUGAGAUCUUUGGAAAGAAUAGACAGCUCCAAGGUCUGAAGGGACUGUUCAAUAAGAAUCCCAGGCACAGUUCUUCAGAAAACAACUCCCAUUAUAUUCGCAAGCGAUCACUUGGAGAUAGAAUUCUGCGACGUACAGCCAGUGCUCCAGCCAAAGGCAGGAAAAAAAGCAAAGUGGGUUUCCAAGAAAUGGUUGAAAUAAAAGAUUCUGUCUCUGAGGCCACAAGAGAUCAAGACGGUGUCCUUAGGAGGACCACACGGAGUCUGCAAGUACGCCCUGUCUCUAUGCCUGUUGACAAGAGUCUGCUGGGGGCUUUGUCACUGCCUAUAUCUGAAGCAACAAAAGACACAGAUGGAAAAGAAAAUUCUCUGGCAGAGCACAAGGCUGAUGGAAGAAAGGGGGAAGCAACUAUAAAAGACCCACAGUUUUCAAAUUUCAACAAAAAGUUAUCCUUCUCCUCCAGUGCCCUCCUCCACAAAGAUGCCAACCAACAGGAUGGCACUGUUUCAUCUGCCAGCAUAUCAAUCCCAGAACAGUAUGGAGGACCAGGUUCAAUGGGUGGGAGAACCAAGCUAAACCAGGAAAACGACUGUCCCCCCAAAUUCCUUUCCCCAAGGCAGUAUUUGGCACUUGAUCAUGCAACAAAGGGACCACAAGAUCUCUCUGGGUUGAAAACCAGUGAAAAGGGGCAUACUGAGGGCUUAGGAGAAGGGAGAAGCAUGUUGUCUGAAAGUGUUCUUUCUCAAAGUGCUCUGGAGAUGGAGAACCUGGAAGGCAGCAGGACCAAGGUCCCAGCUGCAACAUCCUUUUCUUUAUCCGAUGUCUCUGCUCUCUGCUCUGACGUCCCUGAUUUGCAUUCAACAGCUAUUCUUCAGGAUACCGAAGUUUCCAAUCUCAUUGAUGAUGUUACUUUAACAAAUGAGAAUGAGGCCGGCAGUUCCAUUUCAGCAAUGAUUGGCCAGUUUGAAGAGAGCAACCACGGGGCUAACCUUACUGUGGGUUCUCAUCUCCUUUGCAUGAAUGCGACAUCAGGAGGUGCUCUUUUGCCUGUCCCACUGGGCCUACAAACACCCUUCAAGCAUGGUUUUUCCCAGGGGAAACCCAAGGCUGCCUUCUCGUGCUCAUCUCCAGAGCUGAUCAAGUUCUCUAGUGUGGAGACCACCAAACCUGCAAAUACCGCAGUUGUUUGUGAAAUGGUUGGCUCUCCCAUCUCUAAACCCAAGCCAGGUAAUGGCCCUUCUGAUAAAACCAAGGCAAGGGUCAUGGAAGGCAACUUGCCUGCAUCCCUGGAUGCUUCUCCUGGCCAGUUUCCCAAAAGCCCCACUCAUGGGAAGGACCAGAGACAAGUGAUGAAUGGCCCUGCUCUUUCCACUGAGUUGAACCUGGAAGAUGUAAUAGCAGACUCUGCUUUCUGUGUAAAUUCUGCAGAGAGCAGCCUUGUGGAAAUUGAUGGAGAAUCUGAAAACCUGUCUCUAGCAACCUGUGAUGAUGGGGGAGAGGGUCUGAAUCAACUUGUUUCUCCACUAAAACUAAAGCACAGCCAGGAAACGGUGGAACAUAUCCAGAGAGGCUUGAGGAAUGGCUACUGUAAAGAGGCGCUCCUACCUUCUACCCCUGAAAUAUUUAACACUCUUCAAGGUGUCAAAAAUCAAAGUAUCUCUCGUCUAGCCUAUCAGGGUGCUGGCUUUGUGUAUAACCACUUCUCAAGUUCAGAUGCAAAAAUGAACCAAAUCUGUGUGCCCCAGAAGUCUAGGGUUCCAGAUAUGCAUGCCCCCACACCCACUCAGUCAACACAUGCUCCCUUGGUUGCUUUGAAACUGCCAAGUCCUUGCAAAUCCAAAAGUCUGGGGGACUUAACAUCAGAGGACAUUGCCUGCAAUUUUGAAAGCAAAUACCAAUGUAUUAGUAGGAGUUUUGUGACAAACGGCGUUAGAGACAAGAAUGUGACUAUGAAGACAAAGUCAUUAGAGCCUUUAGAUGCCCUAACUGAACAGCUCCGAAAGCUCGUGUCCUUCGACCAAGAAGACAGCUGUCAAGUGCUGUAUUCUAAGCAGGACGUCAAUCAGUGUCCCAGGGCGUUAGUCAGAAAGUUGUCGUCAAGAAGUCAGAGCAGAGUACGCAACAUUGCCAGUCGUGCCAAGGAGAAGCAAGAAGCUGGCAAGCAAAAAGCUGUGACCCACAGCGCUAGAGGAGGAGUGGUUCUUAGAAGUAAACCAUCCGCUCCUGCUGUGGCCGUGAACCGACACUCCACUGGCUCUUACAUUGCAAGCUACCUGAGGAACGUGAAAGCUGGUGGCCUGGAGGGCCGAGGCAUCCCAGAGGGAGCAUGUGCUGCCCUUCGGUAUGGCUACGUGGACCAGUUUUGUUCUGACAAUUCAGUUCUGCAGACCGAGCCAAGCAGUGAUGAUAAACCAGAAAUUUAUUUUCUUUUGAGGCUGUGAAUUAUAUAAAGUUGCAUUUUCAUUGUUUACAUGAUAUUCUAUAGGAUGUUAGAAUUUUUCCAUUGUCAGUGAAUAUAAUAUUUGGCUUUGAGAUGAUUUUCAAAUGUAUUUUUGGACUUGUAUUUUGGUCUCCCCUUGACUUCAUGUGUUCUCUCACCUCACUCAUUUGUAUAUAAAUUCUGUGGCACUUUCCAGGGACCCAUGCUCUCUUUCCCUCAAGGUAUUGUAAAUUGUGUCAGUAUGAAAUGUGUGCAUGCCCUCGAUGUGAAACUUCUCAGCAGUUUGGGUCACAGCGUGUGCAUGUUGCACAAAAAAAUGCUCUUUCCCUUGUCCUUGGGUCACAGUCCAGAGGCUGUCAUUUUUACUCGCUGAGUGUUGGGUUCAUUAAGAUUACACUUUCCAAAGAUAAAGGAAUGGAUUCUUUAUUUGAAGCUACAUUCUCCUUCUGAAUUGAAAGACCCAGAUUCAGUUUUAUAAUUCAUUUAAAAGAAGUGUUCAAAAUAGUUAAAUUGUCCUUUAUGAUUUCUUCACCCCCACCCAAAGUGGGAAUUCCAUGAAGAUGGAUUGCAUCUCUUUAUUCCCAAACCCCUUUUAGAAUAGGUUGUAAGGAAGAAAGUGAUCUUCUGUAUAUAAGGAAAAAAUGGUUUUACAUAAAUUUUGUUACACAUUUUUGCUAAUGGCUUUGUAUGUAACAAGAAUCCAGUUGCCAAGCUGUCUGUCAUAAUUUUGAAGUAUGUUUUGAAGUAUCUCCGAUAUAAUAGGUUGCAAAUAAUGGCUUUCAGAAUGAGAGACUUUUAGCCAGGCAUGGUGGUUCAUACUUUUAAUCCCAGCAGAGGCAGUUGGAUCUCUGAGUUUGGGGCCAAGCCUGAUCUACAUGGUAAGGCCCAGGUCAACCACAUCUACAUAGUAAGACCCUGUCUCCAAAGGAAGGAAGGAAGGAAGGAAAAAUGGAAGGAAGGAAGGAAGGAAGGAAGGAAGGAAGGAAGGAAGGACAGAGACAGACCUUACAUUAGACUUAAAACUCAGAGUAGUACAAGCAGAAAAUUUCCCCAAAGAUUUCAAGAAAAAACAGUUAUUUUCUCAUAAUCCAAGUGAAUAGAUAAUUAAAAGAAACCUUUUCCCUUUAGGGAACCAAGUAACUAUAUUUUAGUACUGACAUAUAUUAUUUUCAUUGUGAAUCCAUUUUUUUAUUGCAUGUUCAGGUGUCAUUUGCUUUUUGUACCAUGAAUUACAAUGAUGUUCCUGCUGGACUUCAUAAAAAUAUAAUUAAAACAGAUUUUUGAACA